CAAUUACAGGAGGGUUAGUGUCUAUCUGUGGGUACUCACUCCAGAAAAAUCCAUGGAGAUUGUGGAGAUGAGCUCUUGGCUUCGAAGGGCAAUGUCAAAGAAAAUCCCUCAUCAAACAUAAACGUUGAAAAGAUUGAUCCCGAUUCCCAAGCUGCGGUUAAUGUCAAUUUGGUGGGAUCAAGUACCGAAUCAAAGCCUAUAAAUCCAGAGAGAGAGAGUGCCAGUGGAACUCAUCCUAUAAUUUCUAAUAGAAGUAAGAAGUGAGAAGCAAAAAUGAGUAGAACAAGCAAGGGAUGCGUCUUUGCAACCGAUUACGUGCCUCGGUGGGGAUCCGUAUCCAUGUGUGGAAAAAGAGAGAAGAUGGAAGAUGCUUUUGCAAUUGUACCACAAUUCUUGAAGAUUUCUCCCCAACUAGAAAUGGGUGAUUCUGUUUUAGGUGCAGAGAGUUGCAAUCCAAGUCUCUUAACUGGCCAUUUUUUUGGAGUCUAUGAUGGGCAUGGUGGAUGCGAGGUUGCUAAUUGUUGUCGUGAUCGUCUUCACUUGACAUUGGCCAAGGAGAUAAAAAUGACAGAAGAUAGCAUGGGUGAGGGAAGCGUAAGGGUGAAUUGGCAACAAGAGUCAGAGCGAGCCUUCUCUAGCUGUUCUAAAGUUGAUGCUGAGGUUGGAGCAAACCAUGGGGGCAAUGUUGAAUCUGAAACUGAUGUCUCUAAAGUUGGUCCUAGUUUUGUUGCUCCUGGAAAUGUUGGGUCUAAUGCGGUUCCCAUUGUUUGUCCAACCCACCUUAUAGUAGCAAAUUGUGAAGAUUCAAGGGCAAUCCUCUGCCAAGAAAAACUAACUGUGCCUUUGUCGAUAGAUCACAAACCAAAUAAGAAUGAUGAAAGUGCAAGAAUAGAAGCAGCCGAAGGUAGGGUGAUACAUUGGGAUGGGUUCCACAUUUUUGGUGUUUUUGCAGUGUCAAGGUCCAUUGGUAUGCAUGUUUUACGAAUGAUUGCUUUGUCAUUGCAUGCAUACAAUAUGGCUUAUAAGUUAGAUCUAUCUUUCUCUUUUGUUCGUCGGUGCUCCUCAGGUGAUCAAUAUUUGAAACCAUGGACUAUUCCGGACCCAGAAAUGAUGUUUGUACCUCAUGAAAAAGAAGAUGAAUAUCUUAUUCUAGCCAGUGAUGGAUUAUGGGAUGUCAUGACAAAUGAGGAAGUUUGUGAUGCAGCACGAAGACGAAUGCUUCUCUGGUAUAAAAAUAAUGAUCCUACCAUUUCUCCUAAAAGGGAUGAGGGAGGAGUUGAACAUGCAGCUCAAGAUGCAGCAGAAUACCUCUCGAAGCUUGCCCUUAUAAGAGGAAGCAAGGAUAAUAUCACUGUUAUUGUGGUGGACAUGAAAGUGCAGAGAAAGUUUAGAAGUAACCCAGAGAGUAAGUUGCAAGUUUUUUGCCUAAUACAAAUAUUAACAAUGUGUUGGCUGAAGUUGGCAAGAAAGCAGGGGUUAGUGGGUGAUGGAGGCACCAACAGUGGAGAUGACGGCAGUAAAGAUGGCAGCACGUUUUGGAUAGCAUACAUAAUGGUUUUAGUUUUGACCACAACAUUGUCAUUGAAAAAAAAAAAAAAAGGUGACAGAGAUGAUGAUAACCAGCAGGAAGAAUGUCCAGACAGGUGGACGACUGGUGGCAACGGCAUCACCAAUGUUGCCGCUUACAAGUUAAUGGAGAUGGAGGAAGUGGCAGCAGCAGCAGCAAUUAGUUAG